CGCUCCAGCAAUGGCGCAGCCGGAAGCCUGCCCGGGACUUCCUCACCCCGCCUAUCCCCGCCUGUGGGCGGGGCCCGAGCGGAGCGGCUUCCGCCUUCUCCUUCCUGCCUGGUGAAUUCAAACCUCUCCAAAGUGUAUGGUCAAACUAAAGAAGACAAGAACCAAUACCAUCUGAAUUGUGACUGGCUCGCUGAUAUUCCUAGGAAAAAUUAGAGAUCACUACUCCAGCAUAAGCCCCAGUUUCCUGCUUGCUACGAAGAUGCUUGAUAUAAAGGCUUGGGCUGAGUAUGUAGUGGAGUGGGCUGCCAAGGACCCAUAUGGCUUCCUUACAACAGUUAUCUUGGCCCUUACACCACUGUUCCUAGCCAGUGCUGUACUGUCCUGGAAGCUAGCCAAGAUGAUUGAAGCCAGAGAGAAGGAGCAAAAGAAGAAACAAAAACGCCAAGAAAACAUUGCAAAAGCUAAACGACUAAAAAAGGACUGAAGGAGUGAACAGACUCUGCAACUAGAGAAAAAUCAUCUGGAAAAUUCUGCAGGACUCACUAAGGUUCCAGUAGAUUUCAUGAUAGUCUUAUUUAAUCUGACCGAAUGGAAGUGUCAUGUUCUGACCUCAAUACUUUAGUAACUUUUAGGUUUUGGAAACAGAAGCUUGUUGGAACCCACUGACAAGUAUUUAAGUUAGCAUUUAUCAUACAGGUGGAGCAUACCCUAAUGUGAAAAUUCAAAACUCGGCACUGUAAAAUCGUAACACCUGUGUUCAGACAUGAUGCCGAGAGUGAAAAAUCCGACGCCCUAUUUUGUGAUGGGUUGCAGUGAAAAUACAGGUGCGCUCAGAAACACACAAGACUACCAUCAAUCCAUGAGAAACAUAAAUUAACCUUAUGUUUACAUUUGGAAAACAUCCCUCCCAUCUAAAAUGGAAAAAAUAAAACAUUACUGGUCCCAAGCACUUUUGUCUGCUUAACCUGAAGUAAAAAUUCUUUAAACUGUCAUUUGCCAUUUUGGAGCUUAAUGUACUCAGGUAAAAACCACCAUGUAGAGAAAAUGGUUUUAGAUCAUGAAUCCUAUUUAAAUGGUAGUUUAAAAUGGGGUUCAGAUCUGAACAGAGGAUAUUAGGAGUGUAAAAGAAAAGUUUACUUUGGCUUAAAAGAGAUAAAGUAUUUAGUCACUAUUUUAAAGUCAUUGCUUAUUUUUUUGGAAUGGAAGCAUUACUGACUUUCUCAAAGGAAGAUUUUAUUAAUGAUUAUGGCUAUUUGCACUCUUAUGAUAUCAGCCCUGAACACAGCUGGCAAUGACCCAAGACAUUUCUUUAGUUUAGAAACUCAUGUAUGCUUCUCAUUAUUUUGAUCAUGGAUAGGACUUUUGUACUUCGAAUACCGCCCUUUUCUUGAGUGAGUUAGAAGAAGAGUAAUAUGAUUUAAAGCCAGCGGUGAAAAUGCCACAUGCUUUUGAUACCUGAUUUUUCUUAUACUCAUUAGAACUGUGAUAUAGUUAAUGUCACCAGAUAAUCUGCUGAUCGCAUAGACACUACUUUUGUUUUCAUUCUUUUUCUAACUAAUAGGUAGUGAUGCCCCGUUACUUUUUACUCAUACAGGUUCUAAGAGAAAAUAAAAAUUUCCAAUUUAUGAAGUCAUACUUUAAACCAAUAAAGGUUUAAAUUUGGGAGAAUUUUCAUGGGUGUAGCAGUGAUGGCAGGAACUGCAAUAAAAUGGCAAGUAUAAAGUCAGGGAACUUUCAGUGUCAAAGACCCUAGAGACCAUUAAACAUGUAUGUUUUAAAUGCAUGGCCCAGUAACUAUCCAUUGUGGUAUUUAACUGCUUAUUAAUGUUUUCUGUACCUCUGAUAAUGAAUUUUAAGUGACAGUAAUUGUCAAAGUCUUAGUAAAAAUGAAGCUAAAUAUUGAAAUAAAUUUGAUACAUUUUUAUAAA